AUGAGAUCUAUUCUAGCGUUAUCUUCAAUCCCUCUUUUGAUAGUAGCAACUGUUGCUCAUGCAAAUAACAAUCAACAUGUCCUUUCUCAAGAAACAACACCUAUCACAAAGUCUAUUGCAAUUAUAGGUGGAGGUGCUUCAGGUACAUCCACUGCUUUCUGGUUAAGCAACGUGUUCCCUGAGAAGGGUCCUGUUCGAGUAUCGACAACAUUAUUUGAGCGCAAUAGUUACUUGGGUGGGCGCAGUACCACAGUGCCUAUUAAGGACGAUGCAGGUUUGUUUGGUUCCCUGGAACUCGGGGCUUCUAUCUUUGUCGAGGCCAAUAAGAACCUGAUGAAAGCAACGGAUGUUUUUGGGUUAAAAAGAACCACCUUGACAGCACAAGAAGAGACCAUGCGAGCCAAAACUAAUCGACCUGGACUAGGUGUCUGGAACGGUAAGGAGUUCUUGUUUGAAGAGACAGGAAGUUAUUGGGAUAGCAUGAAAGCACUUUGGCGAUAUGGGUUCUCUCCUAUCAAGUUUCAAAAAAAGCAAAAACAAGUAGUUGAACGGUUUAUGGAGUUCUAUGGUGCUUCAAAUCAUGGAUUUGAGCAUGUGUCUGAUAUUGUUGAAAAGCUUGAUUAUCAGACACUAUUGAACAUGACUGCAAGCGAUUAUCUGAAAGAGUUGGGCAUUCAGGAUCGUUUCUCGCAAGAGAUCUUACAGUCAGCUACACGCGGUAAUUAUUGCCAGGAUUUGAACGCACUUCAUGCACUGGCCGUGAUGGUCUCUAUGGAAGCAGGACAUGGUACUUGGGCUGUAGAAGAAGGCAAUUUUCGUAUUUUUGAAGAAUUUGCUUAUCGCUCUAAAGCUGAUAUUCGUCUCAACACAAAAGUCACUGCUGUCCAUAACAUCACCGAACUUGAUGAGCAGGGUCAAGCCAUACAACGCUUUAUGGUAGAGGCAGAAGAUGGAUCAACUCAAGUCUUUGAUGAUGUGGUCAUGGCUGCACCCUUAAAAUUCUCGGGUAUCGAGUUCUCUUGUCCUACAAAACACCAGCACAGAGAUUAUCAUGUUGUCCAUGUUACUUUGGUGGCAGGCCAUCCUAACCCAGCUUAUUUUGGUAGAACAUUAGACACAAUGCCUACCUUUGUAGUCACUACAGGCGAACCAUUAGUGGACCAAUUUGAGAAUGGACAAGCACCUUUUAAUACAUUUUCAGUACAUCGAUUCUUGGAGAAUGGGGAGAGUGUCAUCAAAAUCUUUUCUCCUCAACAAGCAACAGAUGAAUUCUUGGAUACUUUGUUCCUAAACAAAAGCUGGACGUAUCGCAAAGGAUGGCAUGCAUUUCCUAAACUGUAUCCUGUGGAUGUGUUUCCUUCAUUUAUACUUAAAGCAGACGAAUCUGAAGAUUCGGGCAUUAUCUAUGCUGGUGCAUUUGAAAACUUUAUUUCGGCAAGUAUUCUAUACAAAUCAAGAAAAACAAUGGAGACACAAACAAUAGCAGGAAAGAAUGCAGCCAGACUAUUGUAUGAAAAAUGGUGUUUAAACAAACCAUGUCAACCUUUUGGUGAUGGCUGGGGUAGUUAUUGA